AUGGCUGCCGGCGAUGAUAGUUUCGGCCCUCACUUGCCUGGAUACUUUGAUUUCACUCUGCUUUUUGAGCAGAGCCUCUUAUCCCUUGUUCCGACCGGCAUUUUCCUCCUUGCCUGGCCAUGGCGUAUCCGUCGCCUUUGGCGCCGGGAAAACAUUGUUGGCUCACGCGAAUUACGGAUUGUCAAAUUGGUCCUCUGUGGUUGUUUCACGGCGCUACAGAUUGUCAUCCUCGCGAUCUGGUGCCUGCCCAGCACCGUCAGGGCCAGCACAUCGAUUGCCGAAGCCGUGUUUGGCGUUAUUGCCGGCUUCUCUGUCACGGGCCUAUCGUAUCUGGAGCACGCGCGGUCGGUUCGGCCGUCGUUGCUGCUCAACUUUUACCUGCUCAUCACCGCCAUCCUUGACCUAGCCAAGGUCAGGACCGCUUUCCUCAGGCCGGUCAAGCACACCUUGGCCAGUCUCCUAGUUGCAGCCCUAUUCAUAAAGGUCAUGCUUUUUGUGGUCGAAGAAGUCCCCAAGAAACCUAUUUACUCGGAAAAGCCGGUACCUAGGGAGAGCAGCGCUGGAGUGGUGAGCCGCAGCGUUUUUUGGUGGUUAAACAGAUUUCUCAGAACGGGAUACAAGACCACCCUAGAUGUUGACGAUAUUGCCAUUAUAGACGAAAAAUUCGAUUCGCAGAGACUGUUGCUACAGUUGGAGGAAGCUUGGGAUAAAGACAGCAAGCAAGGAAAAUUCAGCUUGAUCAAGUGCACGUUUCUGGCCUUGAAGGGGCAGUUCGCUGCUGGAAUCGCACCGCGCAUUCUGUUUGGCGGCUUCACGUUUGCGCAGCCGUUUCUUAUCAACACGGUUGUCGAUUUUGUCGGCCAGCCAGACGAAACAAGGAAUAUGGCCUUAGCCAAGAGUCUCAUCGUAGCUACUUUAUUGCUCUACGUCGGCCGUGCAGUCGCCGGGGCGUGGUAUAAACAUACGACCUUCCAGCUCUUGACCAUGUAUCGCGGUGCUCUCAUUUCGCUGGUCUUUAAGAAGACGCUAGAGCUGGGCGAGCAAUCAGUUCGCGAGUCGGUCCCCGUUACUCUGAUGAGCACCGAUGUCGAGGGCAUUGCUACUGGUGCAAUGACCAUUCACGAUAUUUGGGCCAGCUUGAUAGAGCUCCCCGCUGCGCUUUACCUCCUCUACCGGCAUGUCGGAGUCCCCAGCUUGUUUAUUCUGAUUCCUGCUACUGUUACUACGAUUUCUGGUGCGAUGAUAUCACCGCACAUGGGCCCUGCGAGAAUGCAAUGGAACAGGGCCAUACAGGAACGUGUUGGGGAAACGUCUAGGAUGCUCAGUCAGAUAAAGGGCGUCAAGAUGAUGGGCCUAAGCAAUUGGUUUCAUCAUCGCCUGCUCCAACUUCGUGCAGACGAACUAGAAUUAUCGACAAGGUUUCGAUGGCUUCUCGUUUACAUCAACGGGUUUGCUGCUGCAUCACAGGCAUUCACACCAGCGGUUGUGAUUCUCGCCGCUAUCUUCUGGACCAAGUCGCGGCAGGGGCUGAGCGUUGCUUCAGCCUUCACUUCGCUGUCUAUAAUGACCAUCGCAGCUACGCCCAUAAUUCAAAUUCUAGUCUCUCUGAUGCAGAUAUUCGGCGUGAUUGGGUGUUUCACCCGUCUUCAGGUAUUUCUGAAGUCUGAGUCGAGAAGGGACCCGCGACAAUGGAUUUCGUCUCGACAUUCCACCGCUUCUACAAAUUCGUUGGCACUACCAGAGAGCCUCGGUCUUUCACCAGAAAAAUCUCUCAUGGCUACCAAAGACGCUCUCGAACUUGUUGCACGACCAUCUAACAAGACUGUUCGCCGAAGCGGCCCGAUGUUGAGACUCGUAGAUGCCACAUUCUCUGUGGAUGACGGCACAGAGGUACUUGACAGUAUUGACAUGACCAUUGAGCAAGGCACCUUUUCAAUGGUAGUCUGA